CCAAUCAGCGGUCAGUACGGAGGUGCAGUGGCGUGUGCUGUGUUUCUGACACACUCGGGUUUCACUGCAGCGUCGCGCGCUUCAUCAUUAUCCUGUGUUUCUCACCACACACACACACACACAGUGGAAUGUGUGAUGGAGUUAGUUUGGUUGCCAUGGUGAUGCACUGGAGGGGUGUGUGCGUGCUGGUUGCAGUGUGAGUGUGUGUGUGUGUGUGUGUGUGUGUGUGUGUGUGUGUGUGUGUGUGUGUGUAUGAUGCUGCGGUGGACAGUGUGUUUAGACGGUGGCCCCCGCAGGGUGAAUCACGCCGCUGUGCCUGUGGGACAUAAAGUCUACUCCUUCGGAGGUUACUGCUCAGGGGAGGACUACGAGACGCUGCGGCAGAUCGACGUGCACAUCUUCAACACCGUGUCUUUGCGGUGGACGAAGCUGCCUCCAGUGAGGACAGGAGGUAGGGAACACACUCGUGAAGUGCCCUACAUGCGUUACGGACACACGGCCGUGCUGGUGGAAGAUACCAUCUACAUUUGGGGUGGGAGAAACGACACAGAGGGGGCGUGUAACAUACUGUAUGCCUUUGAAGUUGGCAGUCAUAGGUGGUGGACACCGAAGGUCACAGGGUCAGUUCCUGGAGCGAGAGAUGGACACUCUGCGUGUGUCCUCAACAAAGACAUGUACAUAUUCGGGGGAUACGAACAACUGGCUGACUGUUUCUCCAACGACAUACACAAGCUGGACUCUCACACUAUGUGCUGGAGUUUAAUAAAAGCUACAGGAACUCCGGCAAGGUGGAGAGAUUUCCACUCGGCGACAAUCAUCGGCACCAAGAUGUUUGUGUUCGGGGGACGCGCUGAUCGCUUUGGGCCGUUUCACUCGAAUAACGAGAUUUACUGCAAUAAGAUCCGCGUGUUCGACACCGAGACCCACUGCUGGCUCAACACGCCCACCAAUCAGAUCCAGCCCGAGGGACGCCGCAGCCACUCGGCCUUUUCGUAUAAAGGAGAGCUGUAUAUCUUUGGAGGCUACAACGCUCGACUGGACCGGCACUUUAAUGAUCUGUGGAAGUUUAACCCAGAGGCGUUUUGCUGGAAGAAGGUGGAGCCGAAGGGGAAGUUCCCGUGUCCCCGCAGACGGCAGUGCUGUUGCAUUGUGGGAGAUCGGAUCAUCCUGUUUGGAGGGACCAGCCCGUGUGCAGAGCAGGGAAUGGGUGAUGAGUUUAACCUGAUGGAUCACUCGGAUCUCUACAUUCUUGACUUCUGUCCAAAUUUGAAGACUUUAUGCAAAUUAGCUGUGAUUCAGUACAGUCUGGAACAAUCAGGACUGCCACACGACAUCAGGUGGGAACUGGCUGCUAUGACGACCAACAGCACCAUCAGCCGGCCCAUCUUCUCAUCUCAUGGAUAAACACACACACACACACACACACACACACACACACAGAGACAGUGUUGGAGGAUGAAAUAGUUUUUUGACGCUGAAAAUUAAACCACUUUAUUCAUGCUGUGUUAAUCUGUUUAUUUAUCAUGUGUUAAUGCGGCUAGUAAUUUGUGUGUGUGUUUGUUUGUGUGAGAGAGAUUGUGUGUGUGCUAAAUAGUGCGUGUAUUAAUGAUUGGGUUGGUGUGUGUACGUGUAUGUGCAAUAAUGCGCAUGUGAGUGUGUGUUUGUGUGUGUGUGUACUUUGUGUUUUAAUUAGAAGGCAGUGUCCCUAAAGGCAGCAUGUUGUUGCAGCACUGCUGCACUUUUGAGUGAUCGAGGAACCCUUUGAGGAACCUCCUGCUCUAAGGAGGUUAUGUGAUGUUCUCUCUGUAAGCAAUCCCAUAAUAAUCAAGCUCAGCGCUAACAGGGUUCAUCGCAAUAGUUUCACUUCUGGAUCUAAUUGUUGUGGUUAAUGUAGAUCUGUUCAUUCAGCCUCCUUUAAUGCAUGGGUUGGUCCUGGUUGGUCCUGGUUGGUCCUGGUUAGUCCUGGUUAGUCCUAGUUAGUGUGUAUGUGUGACUGAGUGAAGUGCAGUUGACAUUUAUUAGCAGUAAAGUCCUGAUGCUAGUUACAGAGCCAUGUUUCAGUAAAGUAAAAACCUCAGGAGGGAAUAAAACACUAAAUGCGAAACACUGAAGAUGCCGAUCAGUUGAUCAGUGAGAGACGGAAUAAACUAAUCAAGCAGUAGUUAGGCCGUUAGUAACCUCUUUGCUAAUUUGUUUUAAAAGCUAAGGCAGGUGGGUCUGAGACUUGAGCGAGCGCUAAUGCUACAGAAAGCAGAUGCAGGCGAAAUCAAAAGGUGUAAAACAUGAAGCUAAACACCCGUAGUCAAAUACUGUGAAAUAUGACGAUGGUCAGUUUUAAUAUUAAUGGGUGAUGUAAUAUUUAGAUUACAAUCCUGGUCAUGAAUAUUAAUCGAAUAGAAUAAGUAAGUAUUGAGACAUCAGGAUUAUGGGAUUGUUUUCCCCGAGAAUAACACAGACGUAGAUACAGGGUCCUUAAUACACACGUAAACAUUGACUUUAUAUCUGCAUCAGCGUGCUGCCCUGGCGGGGGCGCUGCCGAGGAGACGCCAAGCUGCGGCGACGCCCUUCUGAUUAUUAGCACACGACUAACAGACACGAGGAAAUAGUUUGUCUUAAUUUUUAUUGAUUAAAUGUAUGUAAAUAAAGGUUUCUGUAAACAGC